CUCUCUCUCUCUCUCUCUCUUUCUUUCUCUCUCUCUUACUUUCUUUACUUGGCUUGUUCUUGUUCUUCCCACACUCCGUAUAUUACACUUAUGGCAUUGUCGGAUGAAACUCGUGCACCGCUAUUAUCACGCAAUCGCAUUGACGAAUCAGCAGACAAUCGAUCCGAGCGUAGCAAUGAAGAGAUAACCGACUAUGGCAGUAGCAGCGGCGUAUACCGUUACCCAUUAUACCUUCAACCAGGCCAAUUCACAUCGCUUGAAAAACUAAUGUUUUUCAUUAGUUCAAUACUGCUCAUCUUUUUAUGCGUAUUUAUUGGACUGUAUGCGCGUAGUAGUUUUGACGAUCGGUUGCAACCGCCUGUUCCGAGCCCUUCACCAACGCCUAGCGACCCGCCUGUAGUACAACCUCCUCCUGAUAAGAAUGAGUCGUACUGCUUGCAAUCGAAUUGUAUUUUGACAGCAGCCAAGAUCCUGCAAGACGUCAAUCCAAACAUUGAUCCGUGCAGUGAUUUUUAUGCAUACACGUGCAGCAACUGGAUGGAAGAACAUGCAUUGCGCGAAGACAAGCCAAAGACAAGCGUUGAAACCCGAGUUGACGAGAAAAUCAAGAACCAACUGAAUCAAAUACUGAUGCACUCGUUUGACGACGCCAACCCGCUUGACAACAACGGCGACGGUUCUUCGUUGCCAGCACCGGACCGUAUACUGGAUACACAGCUGUUUACAAAACUGCAAGACUUUUACGAAACAUGCAUGGAUGAAGAUACCAUUGAUCAAUACAAGGUUGAGCCAUUAUACGACAUGUUUCGUUCGAUUCGACACUAUAUACCACUUGGCUACUAUGUCAGUGCACCUGUCGAUGGUCUAAGCCAGGCCAUCAGUUACUUGGCAACCAACGACAUCUGGGCCUUGUUCAAGAUCAACAUGGGUCCCGAUCCAGAGAAUCCACACAUGUCAACCUUGUCUGUAUCUCAAGGCGAGCUAGGCUUACCGUCCCGCGAGUACUAUGACGACCCUGACAUUGUUGCUGCAUACAUGCAGAUGGUGACCGAGAUGCUCGAGCUAGUAUUCAAACAGGACACCCACAACGAGUUUGGAUGGAAGCAAUGGAGCACAGUAGCAACAGCGCGUCGUAUUGUGGAAUUCGAAAAAGAACUGGCGCUACAAUCCCUCCACGACGAUCACCAUCAUGCUCAAGAAGAACCCCAGCAUUAUUACUGGACAAUCACAGAGCUACAACAAACAGCGCCCUAUCUAAACUGGACCACAGUGUUUGACACCGUCGGUGCAUCGCAUGCCAAGCAAGUCUGGAUCCCGCGUCCCGAAUUAAUCACAGGCGGACUCCAGGUGCUCAAGGCAAGCAACAGUCGCACGUUGCAAAUGUAUCUGGUGUGGCGUUCGCUGUGGCGGUAUUUGGAUACGUUGGGUGAUAUGUUUGUCGCUCCUCGACGCAAGUUGGAUGCCAAAUUGUCUGGCGUGGAAGCAAGAGCCAAGCCGCCACGCUGGCAGUUUUGUCUUUCCCAGGUCGAUCGUUCGUUGGGCUUUUUGUUGGGUCGCUAUUUUGUGUUGCGGGAUAAAGAUGCGACCGAAACGACUGCAAGGGCGGAGGCCAUGGUGGAGCAGUUGACGGAAACUGUGGCGGGACGAUUGGGUCGGGUGCCUUGGCUUGUAAGCGAACAAGACAGAAAUGCUGCGCUUGAUAAGAUACAGCAAUUAGAUCGACAAGUAAGCUGCCCAACGGUAGCGCCAGAUACCCGCUCACCGAUCGCACUCGCCGAAUUCUAUCAAGAUGUUGUACCUGACCGGGAAAGCUUUUUCAAAAGUGUCCAAAGCGCUAGCCAAUGGAAAGUCAAGCAUAGCUGGGAUCGUUUGCAUCAACCCAUUGAUCGUAGCUCAUGGGAUCUUGUUCCUCAGCAUGUGGGUAUGGCCUAUAACCGUGCUCUUAACAAGGUUCAAAUACCAGCAGCCAUGCUGCAACCCCCUUUCUUUGACCCCAACGGACCGGACUAUCUGAAUUAUGGAGCAUUGGGUGCCAUGAUCGUCCACGAGAUUAUGCAUGGAUUCGAUAGAGGAGGACGACACUACGAUGCACAGGGCAAACACGGCACCGAUUGGUGGUCAAGCGAAUCACAAGCAGCAUUUGAUACAGCUGCAUCGUGUCUCGAACGACAGUAUGCAGGGUUCAAUGUGAGCGGACCCAACCAUCAGACAUAUCCUGUGGACGGAACACAGACUUUGGAUGGCAACAUUGCUGAUUUGGGAGGUUUGUUGCAAGCUUAUGCAACAUGGAAAAAAAGCCGGCAAGUCAAGGAUAGCAACGAUAGGCUGUUACCGGGAUUGGAUGACUGGUCUCGUGAUCAACUGUUUUAUAUUAAUUAUGCACGCAUGCGGUGUAGUAAGAGCACUUUGGAGAAUAAGUUGCAAGAGUUACAUACGAGUCAUCAUGCACCAGAUCGAUGGAGGGUCAACGGUCCACUGAUGAAUUCGGAGCACUUUGCAAAAACAUUUUCUUGUCCUAUUGGAACCCCAAUGAAUCCUCCUGAUAAAUGUAAAGUUUGGUAAUGCUUAAUAUAUAAAUUUGAGACUUUGUAUCUAUGUAUUUGUUCUCUCUCUCUCUCUUCCUUUAUCUCUCUCUUCUGUAUGUAUGACUUGGCUUAUAUAUGUAUAAAAGAGGUGUAUAUAUUUUGUUUUUG